UCCGCCAUGUUUGCCAUGGCGCAGGGAGCGGAUCGAGCCAACAAAACCCGGAUCUAGGCACGACGGACUGCCGCCCGGAGCGUCUCCUUCCGCCCCUCACCGUGUCUCGGGGCCCCCAUGAGUCGGCGGGGGGUGAGAUCGAGCGGUUUGGGGGGGUCCUUCUGACCGACAAUUUUAAGUGUUUUUUUUUUUUUUUUUAAUUUUUUUUUUUUUUUUUCCUCACCCCCCCUCCCCCUCCCCUCUCCCCCGGCCGUGGCGACAAUGAGUAAACUGUCGUUUCGAGCGCGGGCACUGGAUGCCGCCAAGCAGCUGCCCAUCUACCGGGGCAAGGACAUGCCCGACCUCAACGACUGCGUGUCCAUUAACCGGGCCGUGCCGCAGAUGCCCACGGGGAUGGAGAAGGAGGAGGAAUCGGAACAUCACUUACAACGCGCUAUCUCGGCACAGCAAGUUUUUAGAGAAAAGAAAGAAAGCAUGGUCAUUCCCGUCCCUGAAGCCGAGAGCAAUGUCAUCUACUACAGUCGCCUGUACAAAGGAGAAUAUAAACAGCCCAAGCAGUUGAUUCACAUUCAGCCAUUUAAUCUGGACAAUGAGCAGCCGGAUUACGAUAUGGACUCAGAAGAUGAGACGUUGCUUAACCGGCUCAACAGGAAAAUGGAGAUCAAACCACUGCAGUUCGAAAUUAUGAUUGACAGGCUGGAAAAGGCGAGCUCCAAUCAGCUUGUUACUCUUCAGGAAGCAAAAUUGCUGCUAAACGAGGACGAUUACCUUAUCAAAUCUGUGUAUGACUACUGGGUAAGAAAAAGGAAAAACUGCAGGGGGCCUUCCCUCAUCCCCCAAAUCAAGCAAGAGAAACGUGAUGGGUCAACCAACAACGACCCAUAUGUUGCAUUCCGGCGGAGAACUGAGAAGAUGCAAACGCGAAAGAAUCGGAAGAACGAUGAAGCCUCUUACGAGAAGAUGUUGAAGCUCAGGCGGGAGUUUAGCCGAGCCAUAACCAUUCUGGAAAUGAUCAAAAGAAGAGAGAAGACGAAGCGGGAACUGUUGCAUUUGACGUUGGAAGUGGUUGAGAAAAGGUAUAAUUUGGGUGACUUUGGAGGUGAAAUAUUGAAUGAAAUUAAAAUCCCGAAAGUUGAGAAGGAGGUUCAUCCUAUUCCAAUGUCUCUUCACAAUGGCAACCAUCACAGGGUUCCUGAAAGCAAAUCCAAGACUAUUCAUCAUCCUUCUGUGAAAGAGGAUGUAGAAGUAGUCCGGCUAAAGAAGAAAUACCCAAAGAAGCCGAAAGCGGAGCCCAUCCUGACCCCUCAGCCACAACCAGCCUCAGAGCCAUUGCCAGUUCUUAACAAGAGCGACAUCAAGCAGUACGACUUCCACAGCUCCGACGAUGACGAAUUUCCACAGGUUCCCUCUCCAGCGUCUGAGCAAGAAGAAGAGAACGACCCCGAUGGGCCCUUUGCCUUCAGGAGGAGAACUGGAUGCCAGUAUUAUGCCCCACAGUUGGACCAAAUGGACGAUCCUUCAGACUUGUCGGGAUUGGCUAGGCUUCGGUAUAAGCAUUGCUUAACAACUCUUACAGUCCCAAGACGGUGCGUAGGGUUUGCACGAAGACGACUUGGCCGAGGCGGAAGGGUUAUAAUGGACCGGGCAUCAACGCAGCAUGACUCCACCCUAAAGCAGCUUGACCCCGAAAUGUUGUCUACUUUUUCAAGCUCUUCCCAAGUUGCACAUUCCCCUCCCGACAUCUCAUGGACCAAUGCUUCCGAUAACCAUUGUGAAAACAGACUGUCCCUAUCCGAAAUCUUAAGCAAUAUUAAGUUGUGUCGACUGCAGUGUUUCCAGCCAAGGCGAAUACAUUUUCAAGACAGUGAUAGCGAAGAAUGUACCUCGAGGCUUGUAGGACAUACCCUGAGCAUUAAGCGAGCGUUACAGAACACCAGCAAAAACGGGCUGACAGUCACAGGGGGCAUCACAGAGGAACAGUUCCAGACGCAUCAGCAGCAGUUAGUACAGAUGCAAAAACAGCAGCUGGCGCAGCUCCAACAGAAGCAGCAAUCCCAGCUGUCUGCACAGCAGAUAAACCUAAAUGCACAGGGCACUAGAAAUGCUGACUUUAAGUCCAAGACGCUGGACUCGGCUAGCGCCCAGUUCGCUGCAUCUGCUGUGAUCAAUUCACCGACACCGGGACGCAGUGAAGUGAACAAGGAUCAAAGUUCCGGCCACAACAACUUGAACGGCGUCGUACAACCUCCAGGAGCGGCUAACAAAACGUUGUACUCUGCAAACGUGGCUUUAUCAUCCAGCCCAGGGAUCUCUACGGUUCAGCUCGUACGGACAGUUGGACACCCCACCACUAACCACUUAAUCCCAACAUUGUGCACAAGCAGCCCCCAGACCCUUCCUAUGAGUAACUCCUGCCUAACCAACACCGUUCACCUCAACAACCUCAGUGUUGUGUCACCUGUCAAUGUGCAUAUCAAUACAAGGACUUCUGCACCAUCUCCCACAGCCUUAAAACUCGCCACAGUCGCUGCCAGCAUGGAUCGAGUGCCAAAGGUUACUCCGAGCAGUGCCAUCAGCAGCAUAGCCAGAGAGAACCAUGAACCCGAAAGGUUGGGCUUGAAUGGAAUCGCAGACACAACAGUAGCAAUGGAGGUGACAUAACUUCAGACCAUGGACUCGACCUGAUGGUUUUUCAGGCUUUUUUUUUUCCUUUUUUUUUUUUUUCCUUUCACCGAAAAUGCAACCUGCAAUGCUCUUUGGACCAGAGCGUGCAUACCAUGGACCUAAACGGACUUAUAAGGUGUAUGGGAUGUUCUCCCAAUAUACUAUUACGUGUACAUUUUGUAAAAUUGGAGAAAAAAAAAUCACUACCUUGUAAAAUAGUUUAUUUGUAUCAUUCAUAUUAUUUCUGUUACUUGAAUAGUACAUAUUCAUCAUCAUGCUUUUGCACUUGAAUUUGCAACUGAAUGGAUAUAAAAACAAAAAAAAACAAAAAACAAAUCUUUAAUGGGAUCAUGAGCAUGAACCGGGGUCCUGCAUCACUUGUUUUAACUAUUUAUUUUGCCAUGUUUACAUUUUGUAUCUUGUACAAAUAAAUCCAACUUUGUGUCUAAAAAAGAAAAAAAAACCACAAAAAAAACUAAAUUUAAAGUGCCCCCCAUUUUGCUGGCUGGACCCAUUCCCCAGCCCGGAUGGUGCCCCCCUCCCCAAAAGAAAAGCCCAGUGGCAAUAGGAGGCACCUUCACACGUUUCGGCUCCGAUGACCAAUUGGCUGCCUCCCCUAUGGCUAAGCGAUGGGUCCACUUUAAAGAUUCAUAGGUAGGAAAUUUAAAAUUCUUGCAAUUUUUUAUUUUUUUUUUCUAAAGGAAAUUGUAAAGUUUUCACUUAGUUCAUUUUGGUUCACAAUUUGAACAUUUUUUUUUUUUCUUUGUAAUUGCGGCACUUCACUGUCAGACAUGAAAUUCAAGGCAAAAUAGUAUUUUCUAUGAAUUGCGCAGCGGAGGGAUGGACCAUACGGUGAAAUACAAUUCAUGUAGAGACUCACUUUUUUCCCAUAUAUUUUGAAUGUAUAUUUCUAUUUAUAAUUCCAGUUUAUAAGAGCGAUCUACAAAAAGUCUAUGAAAGUAGAAAAGACCAUGCGUUUGGCACCUGAGCUGGGCAGCCAAUUUUUAUUUAAAUAAAAUAAAAAAAAUUUAAUUUUUUUUAAAAUCUGAAAUUUGAAUAUAUUAUUCAGUUUUAAAGGGGUAUUCCAUAAAAAAAAAAAAUUCAUAUCAACUGGCUACAGAAAGGUAAACAGAUUUGUAAAUUACUUCUAUUAAAAAAUGUUAAUCCUACCAGUACUUAUCAGCUACUGAAGUUGAGUUUUUUUUUUAUUUUUUUCGUAUUUAUUUUAUUUUUUUUUUCUGGUCUGACCACAGUGCUCUCUGCUGACACCUCUGUCUGUCUCAGGAACUGUCCAGAGCAGGAUAGGUUUGCUAUGGGGAUUUGCUCCUACUCUGGACAGUUCCUGACAUGGACAUAGGUGUCAGCAGAGAGUACUGUGGUCAGACAGAAAAUAACUAAACGUCAGCAGCUGAUAAGUACUGGAAGGAUUAAGAUUUUUUUUGUUUUUUUAAUCUGUUUACCUUUCUGGAGCCAGUUGAUAU